AUGGCUGAAUCUUCCAUGAGAAAAACCCUUAGAAAAACCCCAGAGAGCGAUGAUGAUACUACUGAUAGGUUAAGUGCUCUUCCAGGCUGUGUUCUUCUUCGCAUUCUUUCGCGCUUCAACACAAAGGAAGCUGCAGUGACCUCGGUUUUGUCCUCCAGAUGGAGACACCUUUUUCUCUCAAAGACCUCAAUUAAUUUAAAUUUUUGUAUGAAUGGCGAUGCUUCUGAAGUUCAUAGACUCUUUGAUCUUUUCAUAAGGUUCGCUAUUAGAGUGCUUGGACAGCGAAACAAGGCACCCAUUAGAGGGAUUCGACUACGCGUGUGCCAUUUUGUGGAGAGUUUCCGAUUGGGGUUCGAGUCACUGUUGAUGUUCAUCGCUGCUGCGCUUUCUACUUACAGGAUCCUAAAUAUUGAAGUUUUGGUUAAAAUGGAUAAAACAACAAGUCCAUGUUGUGUUACUUUCCCACCUGGAAUGUUCUUAUCUGAGGCUCUAGAUGGCUUGCGUCUAGACCUUAGCGUGGGUUGGAAUGUUCCUGAGUUUGUUUUGUUUUCGAACCUCAAGGACCUUCACUUGCUCUCCUUCAGGUUGGUGGAUGAAUAUUCUGUUCAGAGGCUUCUCCAAGGGUGCCCUUCACUCGAUUCUCUGGUGUUGAAUAUGGGGUCUUUGAAUGAGAGUGAAGAAGGCGUGGAGGUUCAAGCUCUUCGUGUGUCGAGUUCUUCCCUCAAAUAUGCUUUCCUGGGAUGA